ACAUCUUUCUUUUCCCUGACCUCGAAACCCACCAUGCGGUUCGUCACGGUAGCCGGUCUCAUCGUCGGCGGCCUCAGCUUUUCCCAAGCUUUGGUUCUUCCUUCGACUUCCACGAAGGAUCUCGAUCGCCGAGCCGAAGCAAUUCGCGAGAUCGAGGGUGUUCUUCCCCGUGCUGACUCUGCGAAGAAAUGCCAGGUUGCGAAGAUCUAUAGUAAGGAUGAUAAGAAGGCGAAGAAGCCUGAUAAGAAGAAGAUUAGUAAAGGCAAGGAAGUCAUGCCGAAGCCUAGUGGGAAGCAGAAUGAUGGAAAGAAGGAUAAGGAUGAUGAGAACAAGAAGGACGGCGACAAGAAGAAGGCUAAGGAAGGUGACAAGAAGAACGAUGAUAAAAAGAAGGAUAACAAUGAUGAGAGAGAGAAGGACGCUGACAAGAAGAAGUCUAAGGAAGGUGACAAGAAGAACGAUGAUAAGAAGAAGUCUGAGGGCGACGACAAGAAAAAGGCUAAAGAAGGCGAUAAGAAGAACGAUGACAAGAAGAAACUCAAAGAAGGCGACAAGGAUGGUGACAAGAAGAAGUCUAAGGACGAUGACAAGAAGGCUUCCACUGAAGAUGAAAAUAAGGCGCCUAAAGACUCCGAUGACGACUUCAAGGGCGCUGACAAGAAGAAGUCUGGAGAUUCCGAUGAUAAGUCUAAAGAUUCUGACAAGAAGGGGGAUGACGAUAAGAAUAAGUCUAAGGACUCCGGCAAGAAAAAGUCCAAGCCAGGUCUUAAAGACAUCGGCAAAGACUUUUCGAUUUCGCCAACACUAAAACGCGACGUCGAUAGCGACAGUGAUUUCGACUUCAUGGCUUGGUUCGCCAACACAACUACUGAAACCACCACCACUACUACCCUUACCCCCCGCGACGUAAAAUACGUCACAAUGAACGAAGUCCAAACUUUUACAUGGACUAAAGAUGACUACGCCUUCACCGAGGGCAUGAACGGCUGCUCCGCAAUGGCCAUCGCUACGAAAAACCACAUCACAUGGGCGCACUUCCCACCUGUUCGCCCAGAAGACACAUCAUACGUCGACACAUGGCAGUACUUCCUCCGUCAAGUCACUAAUCAAGCGAUAAGAACAGGCGCGCUCGACUCCCACGACAAAUUGAAGAAAGAUAGUUGGGUGGGCAUGAGAGUUGCGAAGCAGCUUUGGGACAUGCCCAAUCCCGGUAUCCGAGACAACGAUGGUAGAGAUGUUCCGAGUGUGAGUCAGAUCGUUAAUGGGUAUUUCAAUCGUCUUGGGAGCAAGGGUAGGAAGAACUUUGAUGUUUAUGAGCCUCCAGAUUCAAUGGUUUGGAUGGAUAGGGUCAGUGCUAUUGGAGGUUGGCCGCCUGUUGUUAUCAUGGGUUGA